GCUUCUAGCAAAGCCUUUUCAUCCACAAACCAUUCCAUUUGAAAUUUUUAGCAUGACUUCUGAAUAAUUGCAAUGUUGAAAGAGAAGGUGUUAUCACAAUGUUUAACUACGGUGGUGUUCAAACAGAACAACUGACAUUGAUCAGAAUAUUUCGAUAACUGGAAUUGUGAGUCGUUACUGAUUGUCCUGUUUGUGACAAUCUUGAUUAUUAUUAUUUUAAAUGAUUUUGUUAUUGAUAUUGUUAAUGAAUCAUUUCCAAAGUACUCGUGUGGCAAUAUCUACAUUGUUAAGUCAUGCUGAUAAAGCAAUAAAAAUUGAAAUCUUCAUGACAGAAAUCUUUGUUGAUCACCCGGAAGUACAGUAAAAACAACCACGGAGGAGAAGAUGGAGAUAGACUACCAACCAGAGGACUCGCCAGUCUCCUUAUUCGAUGAAGACUGUAUUGAUCACGUGAAGGACAUGAGGUUGGAAGCAGAGGCAGUGGUCAGCGAUGUGUUAUUCGCCGUGUCCGAAAUGUAUGUGUCCUCAAAUUUGGACAGUGCUUUGGCUGUGGCCUACAUCAACGUGGAAACAAGAGAGGGCAAUCGCUAUUGCCUUGAGCUCAAUGAAGCUGGACUAAGAGUGGUUGGCUACGCUUUUGACCAGGUGGAUGAGAGCUUGAGCACCCAAUACUUUGAGACUAUUUAUUCACUGCUGGAUACCCUCAGCCCAGGCUACAGAGAAGCUUUUGGGAAUGCCCUGCUUCAGCGAUUGGAGAGGCUGCAGCAAAAUGGACAAUGAAAGACCAAAUGGAGCUAAUGAUGUGGAAGUGAAACAAGGGUUGUAGGGACAUCAAUUAUAAUAUAUGAAUACAAACAUAACAACCUUUCUCAUCAGGUUAUUGACCAGACAUCUAGCUACUACUACAGUACUAAUGUACUACUAAAAGGAUCUGCGUGGUCAAUCCGACGUCUGCAGUGACCAUACUGCAUUUAUUGCGAUACGGCUUCUGCAGAAGUCAGGGCAUUUAUACUUCUUGCGCUUAGAGGAGUAGAGCAGAGCUGUUAUGAAGGAAGUGAGUUUGUGUAUAUACAGGACCCCCCGCCCCCACCUACCAUCAACCAAUUAUGUCAAUGUGGAGCUAUACAGAGCCCUCCGCAUUGGGUUUCAUAUUCAUGUUAUUCACAACAAUGAUUUAGACCUGCUGUGUCAGUCUGUGACCAGGAUUAUCUUCUGUCAUCAUUCACAUUCAGGUUUCCUGGCUUUUGUAAAGAACUGUCUGUCAAGUUUGAUAAUAUGUCGCAGUGUUUACACCCCCUUGGAACCGGAACUCUCACACUUCAUUAACCCUGCUUUACUUCUACAUAGGUAGAUUAUACUUUAAGUAUGUUACUUACGGGCCACCCAAGUGGCGCAAAUGUCUAAAGCACUUCAUCACUGUGCUAGAGGCGUCACUACAGACCCGGGUUCGAUCCCAGGCUGUGUCGCAGCCGGCCAGGCGCAUGCACGCUGAUUACCAUCGCCAGUUGUACGGUGCGACCGGGUUAAGCGAGCAGUCCGGCUUGGCAGGGUUAUGUUUAGGAGGAUGCAUGGCUCUCGACCUUCGCCUCUCCUGAGUCCUUACGGGAGUUGCAGCAAUGGGACAAGACUGUAACUACUAAUUGGGGAGAAAAAGUACCAAAAAUAUAUACAAAUUCAAAAUGUAUGUUACUUAAUGAAGUUGUCCUCUGCCGUCCACUGAAACAAGUAUAUUUGGCCUUUUAUGUAUAUCAGCGAGUGCAUGUCUCAUUGAAACAGCCAAAGAGAGAGAAAGAAGAUGUGGGGAUUGUUUUCAAAAUCCAUCAACCACCCCCUCUGAUGUUAUGACUCAUAAACUGCCUUAACGAUUGACCAUGGUAUGCUCUUUGGCAAAAUAAUGUAAAGUACAAAUAAUUUACAUAACACAUGUCUUAGUUACUGAAGUGUUCAUUGUUGUCAUGGUAGUUAAACAUUUAUUCUUUGUCACUUUUCAUUUCACACUCCUGAGUUUUGAAUAACAUUGAGAAGGGUCAAAUAUUAUUCAAAACAGUCAAGUGGCCAUUAUUAGAAGGGUUUCAAGGUCUGCUUUUGUUAUUUGGGCAAAUCUAAUUUAUGCAUUUCAAACAAGGAAAUGCAUUUUCAUUUACUAUUCACAUUACUGUUAUGAAUACUAAAUACCUGAUAGUUUGAGAAGAGGUCAGAUGAGGGAGACAUUUUAUGAAAAAUAUGUGAGCUAGAGUAUUGUGUGGUUGAAUUGAGGACUUCCUGGUGUCUGUCAUAUAGUAUAUUCUCAUUUAUGUUUCUCUGUUAAGUACCCCAAGCUAUCAUACUUUUAGGCAAACAAUUAAAGCACCUGAAGAUGAGUUGAAGAGGAUGUAUCAUUGAUAAACAAACUGCUUUUAGUUCCUCAGUAAAAAAGCACAGAAGAUAUGAGUGUUUACUACCGUUUCCACAACUGAGAGUCAACAGUAUUUUAAUUCAUUCAGAUUUUGUGAAGAUGCUUGAGGAUGUUGGCUCCAAGUCCUAUCAGUUUUACAGUUCUGGUAAUUUUCCACAGUUAUCGUAAUUUGUGUUGAGAAUUUAGUUGUGUGUGAAAUAAAUGAUUGUCCAUUGUAGUGUAAUUUAAAUGUACUUAGUAUCAAAUCAGUUUACCCUGUGAAUGUUAUUAGAAUUUUUACUGUCAUUGUUUGAUGCUGAUAUUAUUGCAGACCAACAAAAGCUAGUUAAAUACAUUUAACUUCCUUGUAAUCUGCAAUUUUAUUGCACUUAUUGCUUUUGAAAUGAGUGAUGUGUGUGCAUCGGUUUUACCAAGGUGAAUGAGUAAACCCAGUUAUCCCAUGUAAUAAAUUCUUAGGAUCUUGAGAAUGCUGAGGCAUGUGCUAUGUUCUUUUAUUUGGUUAUGAGCUUUGAAAGUUCAACAGCACACAACAGCAUUUUAUUUUGAGACAUUUGCUUGUCCUUAAUGUUACUCAGAUGUGAAGGCAAAUGACCAAAAAGGUAAAACUAUAAUACUACAAAAUGUAAGAUUAAAUAAAGACUAUUAUAUGUAA